GUGGAAUUCCUGCUGCUGAACUUUGGGUGCCUGCUGGGAACAGGACUUCUAUAAUGACAGAUAUGUAUGGAAAGCUGUGGUCCAAGGCCAUUUUUACCAGCUAUAAGUGGGGUCUCAGAAGCCAGAAGGAGCACACUGCUCUUCUGAAAAUUGAAGGUGCUUAUGCUCAAGAUGAAACUGAAUUCUAUCUAGGCAAGGGAUGUGCUUAUGUGUGCAAAGCAAAGAAUAGCACAGUGACACCUGGUGGCAAACCGAACAAAACCAGGGUAAGUGGGGAAAGGUACCGUGCUCAUGGAAACGGUGGCAUGGUUCAUGCUAAAUUCCAAAGCAACCUUCCUGCUAAGGCCCUUGGACACAGAAUUUGUGUAAUGCUGUACCCCUCAAGGAUAUAA